AUGGACGAAAGUCCGCGGAUGCAAAAGAAAAGCGGCGCUCACGUGACGCGGCGGUCAGCAGCACUUCGGCCACGCUUCGUCCAUCUUCGUUUCCCUCUCGACCUUCCGUCUCGUCUCCGUCUGGGCGUCGUCACUGUCCGAUUCGAUCCGUUGGUCUUUCUCUCGUCCGUGACCCUCGUCUCCGGUAACCGUGCUGCCUUGCUUCCUCUGCUGGCUCCUCGUCGUGAUGCUGCUCCUCCGCCCUUCUCUCUCCACGCUCCGUCAACUCCUGAGCCGGACUUAAACCCGCCCUCCUAUCGGACUACUCCAUCCACCACCCCUCCUCCCUCGCUUUCCUCGCCUCCUUUCUUCCCCUUCCCUUCGGCUCCUAUCUCAGCGGCGGGUUUCCGCGAUAAAGCCGUGGCGCCCUCAUCGGUUCCCUCCCACGUGGUCCCGCCCUCCCCGGCCUCGUCGACGUCCCAGGCUCCCAGCAGCCACGAUGUCGCUCAUGCGCCCUCCUCCGCCUUGCAUCCCCGAGUGGCCGUCAUCCUGGGAGUCGAUCGGAAAUGGUACCUGCCUCUUAUAAUCAGCCGGGCUCUGAGCACGGUCCCGGCCGCGUGGUGGGGUCUGCGCUGUGCCUUUACCUUCCUGGCCGAAUUGCUUCACAUUCGACCGGGUAUGGGACGUGAGGGGUGGGCGGCGGCGAUCGUGGGAAGUGUUGGACAAGAUUGGGAUGUGGAGAGAAGGUUUCGCGUGACUGAAGUAGCUUUGGCUAUUAUGUGGUGCUGUGCAUCCGCAUAUCUUUCUUAUUUCUUUGCUGAUUGUAUGAUGUCUCGAUGGCUUUUAAAUUAUACCCCGCCAGCAGUUGUUAUUCGUCUCCUGACCACAAACGGGUUAAUCGCUUAUAUCACAUCAUGGGUUCUCUAUCUCUCCGGCGCAUCGUCCGAUCCCCGUCUUCUCCUACCUGCAUGGAUCUCCAUCACAACUACUCUUACGUUCCUCUACCACGCCACACAAAACCACGCCAUGAUCAAACGCGAAACGGCCGCCGCUUUGCUCGUCGUCUCGGUCGCCAGUUUCGUCAGCAUGUCUUCGCUUCUGCUGCAGCUCCAUCUGACGCGGGAGAACGAGCCCGAAGUCCCUGUUUUCGUCAUCACUAGGAAACUGUGGGAUUGGGCCGUGGCGAUCUUCUUGCGCAUGAGGGUCGUGGAAAGUGCUGGGGAGUUGUAG